AUGGAAAUAUGUAACAAGCGGGUACCCCAGGGCUCUGUGUUUGGUCCGCUUCUUUUUAUAUUAUAUAUCAACGAUCUUCCGGACUAUAUUACUCAUCACAUAAAGAUUUAUGCCGAUGAUUGCAAAAUAAUCGCAGUUCUAAAAUCUGACAAGGACAAAACUACCUUGAAAAUUGAUAUAGAUAACUUGGUAGAUCGGUCGCAUAAAUGGAAUAUGCCUCUCAACUUCGAUAAAUGUAAAGUUAUGCACGUCGGGCGUGGUAACUCCAAAUUUGUUCAAAAUAAUUCGAUGCUUAACUUUAAUGGAAACAGAAUUCAACUGGACGUCACUAAGCACAAACAUGAUCUGGGAGUACUUCUUUCAGGCAAUCUUAAAGUAUGCUAUCAAGACGAAUCAGCAGCAGCAAAGCCAACAGUAAACUUGGUAGACUAA